UUCAUUCAGUUCAUAUUUCUUUCUAAAGAAUGUCUUAAGUUUUGACAUUAGAGAUCUACAAACUCUUAUUUAAGGCAUAUCUGCAUCCAAUCCACUUCCAUUCGACAAACAGCUCAACGGACUUCUGCUGUAUCCGAUCUCCUAUGGAGACUACAUUUCUCUUGACCAGCCAGGAUGUUGUGAAAGAAGUGCCAGUAACUCUCGUCUCUCCAGUACAUCCAACACCUACAGAGGUAGUCUUUCUUUCAAACAUAGACCAAACUGUUGCUUUUCCCGUUGAAACUAUCUUCUUUUAUGAGGCGCCACAUGGCGAUGCAACAAUAACUUCAGAUAUCACUGAGAGAGUGCGAAGAUCAGUAUCUGAUGUGCUACUGAUACAUUACUAUUUCAUGGCUGGAAGACUCAACUUGAACGUCAAAACUAAGAGGCUUGAGCUUGUCUGCAACAAUGCUGGAGUCUUGUAUGUUGGUGCCAAAUCAAACCUUAGCUUGAAGGAGCUUGGGAACCUCUCGCUACCCAAUCCCUCAUUCCAGCAUCUGAUCCUUAGAACGGACAGUUUCAAGAGCCUAGCGGAUACUCCCAUUUUCACAAUUCAGGUAACAAAGUUCAGAUGUGGUGGCUUCUCGAUCGGAUUCGUAACAAACCACAGUGUGCUUGAUGGGAGAUCAGCUGCUGAAAUGAUGCAGAACUUAGCCUCAGUCUGCAAGGGUGAGGGAAUGAAAACCUACAAUUUCAACCUUGACAGGUCUUGCAUCAAAGCUAGAGACCCACCUCAGAUAAAAUUCAUUCAUGCAGAAUACAGCAAGCCAGCUGAAUCAACUAUUACAUCCUUCACCUCGCCAAACCAACCCUCUCCCCCUCCUUCUCUCUUAACUCUCUCCAAGAACCAUGAUUUCAGGCUCUUCCCUUUCAGCUCGAUGAUGAUUGAUCGUCUCAAGGAGAAUGCUUCAAUGAAAUGCUCAAGCUUCGAAGCGAUAGUGGCUCACAUAUGGAGAGCUAGAACAAAGGCCAUCUUCGAUGAUUCAAAUGAGAUAUCCUCUGUUCUCUUUGCAGUUGAUAUAAGGUCCAAAAUGCAACCACCUUUGCCUAACGGAUACAUGGGCAAUGCAGUAAUAUCUGCCUCUGCUAGUGCACGUGUGUUUGAUAUUGACAAUAAGCCCUUUUCUUUUUGUGUUGAAAAAGUGAGAGAGGGUAUCGAAAGGGUAACGGAUGAAUAUGUGAGGUCAGUGAUAGAUUGGCUUGAGGUGCAUAAGGGUGUUCCUUCGACAGCAAAUGGGAGUUUCUAUGUAUCAGCAUGGUGGAAGCUUCCGUUUCAUGAGCUUGAUUUUGGGUAUGGGAAGCCAAGCUAUGGAGGGCCCGUUGUUAGUGGAAUGGACGAGUUUGUGCUUCUUCUUUCGGAUGGUAAGGAUAUGGGAAAAGGAGGAGGGAUAAAUACUUGGGUAGUCUUGGAACGAAGCAAGAUGGCGAAUUUUUCGUGUUAUGUCUCUGAAUUAUAAACAUAUGCAGAGUCCAUAUCCUACUGAUAAAUAGACUAUUUCAAGGAGUUGUUUAGUCUAUUUCAAGGAGUUGUUUGCUUCAAGAACUUGGAUCUAAAUUUGUACGUCGGAACAUUAUAUAAUACUUUGAAGUGAAAUUGUUGAUAGAUCAUGAUUAAUGAGUACCGUCAAAAGUAUCCUAAAAUCUGUAGUCUUUUAAAAAGAAGUGUAUGUUGUGAGCAUCAACGCACAACCCCAUUCUAAUAUAACAGUAGUGUUUUUGUA